UUCCCAGAAUAGAGAAGCAGGAGGAGGUGAGAGGGAUGAUGAUGGAAGCCAGCUUUGACACUGAGGAGAGUUUUGACGAUCCGUCCUGUCUCACCCCGCAGCCCCCCGGCUCUGUUUCGCCGGCCAAGAGGCAGUUCAAGGAGGUCAAGGAGACCAAGAUCACCAUCAACUGUGUGACUUUCCCUCUGCCUGGAGAAAGUCCGGAGCAGCAGCUCCUGAAGCCCAACGAAUGGAGCUACUGCGACUACUUCUGGACCGACAAGAAAGACCCCCAGGGGACCACCUCGGUGGCGGGCUUCGAGGUCCUUCUGCAGAAGCAGGUGAAGGGCAAACACAUGCAGAAGGAGAUGUCGGAGUUUAUCCACGAGAGGAUAAAGAUUGAAGAAGAAUAUGCCAAGAACCUCUCCAAGCUGUCUCUGAGCCCCCUGGCAGCACAGGAGGAAGGGACUCUUGGAGAAGCUUGGACUCAGCUGAAGAAGAGUCUUCAUGAUGAGGCUGAGGUUCACUUAAAGUUCUCCAACAAGCUCCACACUGAGGUUGAAAAACCUCUGCUGACGUUCAGGAACGACAACUUCAAGAAGGACCUGAAAAAGUACGACCAUCACAUCGCCGACCUCAGGAAGCAGCUGGCGAGUCGCUACGCAAGUGUGGAGAAGGCCCGUAAAGCCCUGGCAGACAGGCAGAAAGAUCUGGAGGUGAAGACCCAGCAGUUGGAGAUCAAACUCAGCAACAAGACGGAGGAGGACAUCAAGAAGGCCCGGAGGAAAUCCACACAAGCAGGAGACGACCUGAUGCGCUGCGUGGAUCUGUACAACCAAACCCAGUGCAAGUGGUUUGAAGAAAUGGUCACCACCAGCAUGGAGCUGGAGAAACUGGAGGUUGAUCGGAUCGAGUGGAUUCAGCAGCAUUUACGCCAGUACACGACUCUGCGGCACGAAACGGACAUGUUCAAUCAGAGUAUGGUGGAGCCGGUCGACCAGCUGCUACAGAACGUGGAUCCAGCCAAAGACAGAGAGCUGUGGGUGAGGGAGAACAACACCGGCGAUGUCCGACCCGUAGAUAUGGACAUAUAGAGCAUCCUGACCUGGGAUCAGCCAUUCUGUCGUCAGUAUUACAACACAUCCACAGAGUCCCAGAACACUUCUGAUAACACUGAUCCAGGGACAGUGCAUGUUCAGACUACCGAGGUCUGCUCAUCCUCUCUCUGACUGGAAUAACAGGAGGAAAGAUUCAUUCUUAACGCAGUCAGGAAACAGUAAUGGAUCAAAGUACCAGCAUGUUCCUUCUAAAUUUAACCCUAUCAUAAUCAACAUUAGCUUAUUGAAUGCCAUUUAACAUAUUCUGCUGUUUACCUGUUGUGUAAAGUUGACACUAUUAGAAAAAUUAUAUGUAUUUUGAAUCGUUUAGUUUAGCUUCAAUCUACACUUUUCACUGUUUGAGUGAACCAAACAAAAAAAAAAAAAGUCUGAUUAUUGAUAUUACCUUUAUUUUAGAUACGGAUAUUGAAGCAUAUUGAGACCUUAGACUGAAUAUGAUAUAUUUUCAUAUUUUGCUGGUUCAUUUUGGUGGAAAUGCAUGUUUUGAAUAUCUUGCUUUUUCUGUAUAUGGAGAGCUGCACAAUUUGUGGAACAAUGAUGGUUGUUUUUUGGUAUAGUUCAUUGAAUUUACACAAGGUAUUUACAUCUAGUAAGUUACAGAAUUAAGGAGCUUUCUCACACACAAAAAAAAACGAGUGUACAGCAUUAAUAGCCAGUAACCUCAAUUGUUUAAAAAGCCACACACACAUACAGUGUUUAGGAAUGUGAUUU